UCCAAGUGUCAACCCAGAUCGAGGCCGGGCUCCCUGGGAGCGACUGGAAAAUUUCAACCAAAAAUUUCUCCAAUAAUUCCUCUUUUCCAAGAACACAGGUGUGGCUGUCACUAUGGAGAGAGAAGGGGAUGCUGUUCCUUCAAUGUGAGCUGUAAAUUUCUCUUCUCACCUGCCCCAACUGAACACCUGCUCCCAAAUAUGGAGAUGCACUUGACCUCAGCUUUGUCGGGGAACAGCUUUGAUGACCUCAUCGAGGUGCUGUGCCUCUAUAAGUGCAGGCUGUGUCACUUCGCCGUCUCUACCGGGAAGGCUGAUGUGAUUGUCCACAUCAAGACAGAGCAUCAACAGAUGAUGCUGGGACACGGACCUGUGAACUGCUUUCCCGCAAUGAACAGCUUUACCAGGCAGCCGGGGAACAGUGGCGUUUCCACUUUGUCGGAGGCGCUAAGGUCGCGGCAUCUGAUGCUUCAGAAGGACGGGCUUCAGGGCACGUCAGCUGUCUCAAUUGGCAACGACUUACCGGUCCGAUGGACUGUACCACCUGUGCAACUAUCACAAGAAAGGCCGAGAGAAGCAGUCUCAUACGUCACACCGUCUUUCGAACAUUUCUCGCAGGCGUCAGGUCCAGCUGCAGCCCAGAGGAUCCAACAACCGAGUUCUGUUGCAUCCUCGGGACGGUUUGCAAGACGCGGGCUGUCUUCCUCUACGUCUUUAGGAAACAAUGUAGGAGGAGACAGUGGCAUGACAGUCAAGGAAGAGCCAAUGUCUGAAGGAGAGGAAGAUGCAGAGAGGCUGGAUCCGACCUGGGGAGACUCAGAAGGAAGUACGAGGAUCGCUGAUGACGAAGGAGCUAAAGGCACUGGGCAGUCAUCAUCUGGAGUCAAACUAAAGAAGACAGUGUCCAUAGUGUGUCCCAUCUGUAACGCACGCCUGUACAGGAAAACCGUGGACAGGCACAUGGACCUGCACAACGAUCGAGGCGGCUUCUCCUGCGAUGGUUGUGAUUUCGAGACUGACCAGUGGCACGAGAUGCGCUCGCACAUGCAGAGGAAGCACAAGCCCAAGCAGAGGUGUCAGAACUGCGACUUUGAGACCUGGUCCACAGAGGUGUUUGCGGAACACAUGGAAGUGUGCGUGGCUGAGGAGGAAGGAGAUGGAAGCAAGGGAAGAAGAAAAUCCAGUAGUACAAGACGUGAAAGUGACAGCAGCAUGAGAGCAAGUCAUUCUCAAGACAUUGAUAAAGAUGAAAAAUCCCAGGAAGGAAUCUUGGAAGAUGAAGAAACUGCUGCAGAUGAGGAGUUUGAAAUUUGUGCAGAAUGUGGGGAGCAGCUUCAAGGACAAGAUGUCACCAUCCACAAAACACUGCACAACCGGGAAGGGGGAUUCUCCUGUGAUAAGUGUGAAUUCAAAACAGAGUCUUGGCCAGAGAUUAAAGAUCACCUCCAGGAAAACCACAAGCUGAAAUGCUCGUCUUGUAAGUAUGAGACAUUGUCGGAAUCAUUUUUAGAUAAACAUGUCUGUAAAGGGGCGCAGACAGCAAUGGCAACUGACCCAGAAGCAACAGCUGAUCAAGUUAAGGGUGGUGCUAACGAAAAUAACAUCACAGAGAAAGAACCAGACAUUGAUCAAAAUGUGGAAGGAGAAACUGUAGACAAUACAGAGGAUACUGAAACAUGCUCGGUGUGCAAUGUAGAGAUAAAGAGUCAUUCUUUGCAGAGACACAAAGAGCUGCACGAUUCAGAGGGAGGAUUCAAGUGCAAUCAAUGUGACUUUUCUUCGGCCACAUGGGAAGACAUUGAAUCACAUCUCGCCUCCAAACAUGACAGUGCGUACAGGUGUGCGAAUUGUGAGUUUGAGACGUCUUCCAAGGCGACACUGGAAGAACAUUUUAAAAGCGGUUCUUGUACGUUCAGCGACAGGGAAUCUGAGGGAGAUGGUAGAGUAUUGGAAGAAGGUGAAGAAGCUGUAGAUGUGAGCAUGGAGGAUGACGAGACUCAGGACUUGGAGGCAGAUGACUUUGAGAAGUACAAGGACAAGCUGACAUCUUCGGGACACUGCUGCGUGUGCGGCGUCAGGUUGUACAGGAAGUCAGUGCAGCGACACAUGCAGCUGCACAAUGACGAGGGCGGGUUCAGCUGCCCCAGGUGCGACUUCACCACCGACACCUGGAAGGAGAUCCUGAAGCACGUGGACUGGCACGAGCGAGUCAGGAAGAAAUACACGUGCCCCAACUGCCCUUACAGCAGCUGGGCCAAGACUAAAAUGCAGGUGCACUUGAAAAGAUGCCACUCUGGUGGGAACACGAAAGAAAGUCUGACUCAUUUAGUAUGUCCGCUGUGUGGAGUAAAGCUACAGUCUUCUGCUCUGAUAUCGCACAUGGACAGCGAACACGUUCUGUCCACAGACAAAGCCAUCGCUUCACCAGGGAAGGGGGAGGACAAAGAGGCCAGCCCCUUUGUCCAGUGUCCUUUGUGUCAGAUCAAGGUGCACCGGAGGAUGCUGAGGAAACACCUGGACAUGCCGCACGUGCAGUGGCCCAAGGGAGCGUUUGCAGCGCCCGUCUCAGCAAACCCAGGCACACAGGGAGGGUCAAACGUCGCAUCAGCCGUCGAAAUUGAGUGCCCUCUAUGUAGCAAGAAGAUUCCUUCAGACUCGCUGAGAAAACAUCUAGACGAACCUCACCCCCAGUGGUCGCAAAAUCCUUCCAACGUGUCGCUUCAGGUGAACCAGGGACUGAUGACCAUCAUGCCUGAGAAGAAAGACCUCCAGGUGCAGUGUCCGCUCUGUGGGAUGUGCAUGCACCGCAACAUGCUCACCAAACACAUGAAGAUGCCACACGUCAGGUGGCCACAGGGUACGGUCAGCUGCACGGCAGAGGACAGCAAGGGAGAGAACAGCACCAGGGAAACAACACUUCAGGGGGAAGGGACGGUCAACAACGGCUUGUCGUCUCACGGCACGGCUUCAGAUCAACAUGAUGAAGUUAUGGUACUCUCAGACGAUGAAUUAGAAAUGGACAGUGAUGUGUUUGAAGAGGAUGACCAACAAGGCAGUGUGGGGCACUGUGGGAUAUGCGGCGAGCAAGUCUCCGACAAGAGCGUUGAACGCCACAUGCUGCUCCACGAUGACAAGGGCGGAUUCAGCUGUGACAAGUGUGAGUUUUCCACGGCGUCGUGGCGGGAGAUGAGGACGCACAUCCGCAACGUCCACAAGGAGAAGCUGCUCUGCCCGGAGUGUGGCUUCCUCGCCACCACGAUCGAGCUCCUCCGGGGGGACGUGAUGAACUGUAGAGAGAAGACCAGCGCAGUCUGUUCCAUCUGCGGACAGGAGGUCCCGGGGAACCAGCUGCAACAGCACGUGAAAGAAGCGCACUCAUCGGUCACAAACGUCAUGGAUAUCGACCUCCCGUCCUCCCUCCCCACGGGAAAAGAUGACGAGAAUGUGGACGUCAAUCAAACGGUAACGCAGCCUGGCCGAGGUGAUUCGCUGAUAGACAGCAGCCCGCGGAUGCUCCCACCGAAGAAGCGUCAGUCUGUGGCGGGCGCACACGACUGCCCCAUAUGUGGCUGUCACCUGUACAGCAAGACUGUAGAGCUGCACAUGAGACUGCACGAUGCCCACGGCGGGUUCACCUGCGACCUGUGUAACUACAUCACGGACGAGUGGAGACUGAUGCGCACACACUACAACUCCUCGCACAGCGGACAGAGGAACUGGCACGCCGCGCUGAAAAACGACUUGUAGAGUUGAAUGCUGCAAUUAGAAUAAUAGAUAGCUAUCUGCAUAAAACAUAUAAAAUAGAAUUUUUGAAUCAAACAAGCUGUAAAUAAAAGAAUGAUGCAUCUGUCACUCUAGUAGAGAAUACAUGUAUGUAAUGCAUGAAACAAAUUUGUUACAAAAAUAUUGAAAAGUUUGCUGUAUCACUGCCAGUGUUCACCGCUAUACAGGCACCUAAAUUCUUACUAAUGUGAAAUGAUGCUUAAAAGAGGCACAGCACUGCAUGUCUUGGUGUGUACUACUACCAUUAGUAUUUAUCAUAAUGUACAUUAAAUAUAAUGUAAAAAGUAGAGAUGCCCCUGGCCUAUGCACAAAGUAGGGCUAGGGCAAGAUUUUUUGUAUCCAGAACAAAGUUUUCCGCUCAAAUUAUCCAGUUUGUAACCAUGUUUUUGAGGUCUACAAAAUUACUCUUACUGGUGACCAGCAGUAGCUGAUUAAAUUACGCAUGCCAGCAGUGUGAAAAAUACUAGUUUUUAUGACAAAUAUUUAAAGUUAAAUCAGCAAUGUGAUGAUAAUGAUUAUGAUGAUGUGCAGUACCACACAAUCUAAUAAUAAUAUUGUAUUUUCUAUGGCCAAUUUGUGGAACUCAAAGUGUUCAGAGUGCAGUUUUAUGCUAUAUAAGCUAUCCAUGUCAUCAUGAUUGAAUUAUAGACAUAGCACACUAU